AUGUCAGUCACACUCCAUACUUCUCUUGGGGACAUCAAAGUUGAGAUCUUCUGCGAAGCAGUGCCCAAGGCCGCAGAGAACUUCCUCGCCCUAUGUGCGUCUAACUAUUACGACAACUGCCUCUGGCACCGGAACAUCAAGGGCUUCAUGAUCCAAACGGGCGAUCCUUCUGGCUCAGGGAAGGGCGGCCAGAGCAUCUGGAGCCGACCAUUCGCAGACGAGAUCCGGUCGACACUCAAGUUCAACAAUCGUGGCAUCCUCGCCAUGGCCAACUCUGGUCCGGACACCAACAAGUCCCAAUUCUUCAUCACCUACGCAAAACAGCCGCACCUGGAUGGGAAGUACACCAUUUUUGGCAAGGUUAUUGACGGCGCAGACACCACAUUGGACGCCAUGGAACGGGUCCCUGUGAACGCAAAAAAUCGGCCAUUGAACGAAAUAAGGCUAACCCACGUGACAAUCCACGCCAAUCCGAUCGCAGAUGCUCAGCUGACGAGCCGUUGGCUAUAA